AUGUCCUCCAGCAUCCCCACCACCGCGGUGCAAGGCCCGCCGUCAGACCUCAAGGACUUCCUCAACCAAACCAACAACGCUGGUCUAAACCCACCCGAGUCAAGCGCCAACAGCGAGGACAACUGGGACGUCGUAGACAAAGACGAAGCGCUGCACGAGCAGGAUAAGGCCGAGACGGCGGCUGAGAAGCAAAAGCAGGAGGCGGAGCGCAAGGAGCGGAUGGAGAAGCAGAAAGAAGAGCGCAAGGCUGAGAAGCGUAAGGAGAAGCUUAGGGAGCGCAUGAAGGGUGUCUCGUACGCUGAGGCUGCUGGUAAGGCUAUUAGGAAGUCUUAG